GUUAAAUUUUUAACAUUCCUCGGUGAAAACCAAAAGAUCCGCGUUCCGGUCCGGUGUAUUUAGAAUAUAUCCGAUGGUUUUGCCUACAUAGCACAUGCGACACGUGAGUCACGUGAUUUUCCCCGAUCAAUAGAAUACAAGAGCGCGAGGACGUGAAUAUUAUUACUGCCCGGUGCAUAAAACGAUAGACAAGCGUUAAUUAUUAAUUAUAACUUACGUUAUUUUAAUCAUAAUAUUUUAUCAAAUACUGUUAAAGUAUCACAACAUGAAACAAGGCAACUUAUUUGACUGUUCAAAAAGAACACCAAGGGCGUUUUUGGCCACUGAAAAGUCCAUUUUGCCUGAGCUUUUCUUUUUUUCAGACACAGAAUUAUCAACACCCAUAUAAUGUCCAAGGAAACUCAGGCACUUACCCAUUGAAUAUUAAAUAUCAAUAGUACACGUACACACACAAAUACCAUUUUCUCCAGUGGAUCCUGCUUCAGCUAACUUCAGCUGCUCAUCAUAAGUAUCACUGUGCUGUUUAUGGUCUCUGCUGUGCUUAGGCAGAACUGUUUCUUAUGCUCUUGGCAACACGGUAAGCUUAUUUGAACUGAAUUGAAUACGGGUUAUCUUCUUCAAAGAGUCAAGAAGGCUAGAUAGGUUAUUAAAACCGGAAGUUUUCAUCCAGGUGCGCGCAACUUCCAACUGUGCAGCACUCUGCUGCAUGUUAAGUUCCGCACUGUCUGUGGUGUUGAUUUGCCGUAACACCUCCUUUUUCCAUCCGCAGACAGGCCCUCCUCCCUCUUUAGUGCGAAAAUGCUCGGGUUUAUAACCCUGAAUGAUCGGACCUAACGACUCAAAUGGUUGCCAACUUGCUUCUGACAGAUUGACACAAAGAAUUAUUGUUCCGUGAUAUAUCUGAAUUAUCAGCAGGGGGUGAGGUAAAGGGAUAACUGAACUAAGGUUUGCAGGCUUAAAUCAGGCUGUUGUCCAUACUUCCAUCCAGCAAUUUGUUCAGUACAGGGUCGCGGAGAGUGCAGGAGCCCAUUCAGGGGAACAUCUGGGUGCUGCGAUAGUGGGACUCAAACCAUCCAUAUACAAAUAAAACGCGCCCCGACAAAACGUUCCCCAGGACCACAGUGUUACGAACAGACAGCAAUCGAGGAAGAAGGAGAUUUACUUUAAUUAUAAAAAAGGUGCGAAACACAAAACAGUGCAACAUAAGGGGGUGGGCUUAACACUGUAAGCAUCAUUCUGUAUUUGACAAUAUUGUGGUGUACAGAACAGUCAUAAGUAUGCAAAUUAAGUUUGUUACUCUAUAAUGGUCAUUUUAAGACAACUAUAUAUUUUACUACAUAGACGUAGAGUGUAUGAUUGUGCACGGUACAAAUAAAAACUUGAACCACAAAUGGGUGUACUGACGAUCCGCAGUCCGUCCCCUUUCUGACACCGCAGUCCCAGAUCGUCGUAAAACAAUGAAAUCCUUACCUGGUGCUUCUCAGUUUUAUGGAAACUCUCUCAUGCACUGUAAUAUUGUACGCUCGCUUCCUUUACACUUGGUCGAGAUAUUCGCAGCAAACACAGCUGGCUGGCACACGUAUCCUAUAAAUAGGAUACCUACCUGCCUCCCGGUAUCCUGCAAAAUUAACCUGCUCUCAGAAGUCAGCGCCAUGGAUUUAAAAAUAAUAGGCCUUAUCAUUGCACUUGUGGUAUUUGUGCUGGCCGCUAGAGGACGUUCAGUGAGGGUUCAGGAAAGAGCAUGGAUACAAGAUCCUUCACCAAGCAUUACAGGUACAGAAUUCCUCAGUCUUCCACUUAUGUGCUUUUAAACGAAGUUUCCGUGUCAUAAAAUUUAGAUUCUGUAUGUUCUUCGAUCAUGCCUUAUGUUAAACGUGUAAAACUAUAAUACCUUAAGAUUGGUUUGAGCUAUUUGAAUUUGGAGCUUUGAAACCUGGCAUAUCUCAGGUAGGAUUCCCUAACUGUACAGCACCGACUUAUGCAUGUGGAGGAUCUAGAGGAACUGUAAAAGGUGCUGGCUGGGGGCAGGCAGACCUGGGCUGGCUUUUUUGCAAGGGCCCGGGUUAGAAAAAAGUUCAAGGCCUAUUUUGAAGCCCAGUCCAGGCCUGGUUGUGAGGUUGACGGGAUGGACACAAGUAGUUUUUUUGCCCCAGAAGGAGACGUGGAGUGCUUCUCGGAGUACAUGGAGUUGUGGGUACACAGGAUGAAGAUUGAAGGGCUGCGGCUCUGGCUCUCUGGAGCGUUGAGGAUUCCAGUCAGUCUUGCGUCCCUGGAACAUUUGAACUUCAAGUUAUCUGCCUGCGGAUUCUCGCUGCAUAGAGAUGCAGAGAGGAACUAUGUCUUCAGGGUCCUCUACAGUGGCUGUUUUGUGCAGUUAGAGCAAGGCAACUACAUAAUAUCACUGAAUCUGAUGACGAGAACGAGCCGAUUUGGAGGCUGGUCUAAUGGCUUCGUUAUGAAAUGUCCUCGUGUGACAGCGCCUCCCAGUGGCGAGCACAUUCACUGUGACCCAGACUUCAUAGAGGUAACGAGACAAAUCCCCACCGACAACUGGAAUAACCAGCUCCCCUGGUCUCUGGCACUGAGAGGCAAGCUGGUGGUAGCUCUGGAAGACGCUAGCCUGAUCAGCUUGAACGUGGAGACCCAUGGUGCCAACAUCACCGUACAGGGCAGGAGAAGCGACAUACUGACCGGCGAUACGGAAAUGGAACGACUUGGGGAAUUCCUGCCUCUCCGGCUGGUCAGCGGUCAUUACUCAUACAGCAUGGAGGCUGUCUGUCCCAAUGUUUCCAGGUCGCCGGAGCCCCUGGCUGUGCUGCACAUCCUCAAGCGGCGGAUGGGUCUGGUGAAGCGCAGCUGGCUGGACAGGGAGAGCCUGACGCUCAGCGGCGUGUCAGUCAGCCAGACCGACGCCUUCAUCGUGUCCGAGGGAAGCGACUAUGUGCAGCUCAUCGUCAACACCUCCCACAUCACCACAACCAAGAACUGUCCAGGAUCACUGGGGGGCAGCCUGGUUCAGCCUUUCUUCAGGGUGGACGCUGCAAUAACGUUCAAAGAGACUCCGCACAGACUGUACUGGAGCCUGGAGAACUUUUUACCCUGCAGAGAAUCCGCCUCAUCAUCUGCAUCACUGGCAGAUAGAAAGGUAGAUUCAGUGAGUGACCUGCACACAACCACGCCCUCUGCUGGCGGUGCCCUGGAAAUGCCGUCUGCCAGUGGCACAGCUAUGAGCUACGGACAGCCGAAUUCAGAGACUGACGCCCAAGAGCCCUUAACUAGCACGGCACCACCCUUAUCUGAAGCAGCCAUGAGCACAUCCAAGACACCCAAAAACACAGUGAAUGUGAAAUCGGUGACCACAGAAACCCCCUGGAACGUGACCCGUGUGUCACCCGUCACCGAUGCCCCCGCCACAGCUCCCCCUGCUGGUACGCAGAGGACCCCAGUCCCCACAGAGGUCCCCCCGAAAACCUUCCUGAGCCUUGAUCCUGUUGGGCACACUGGGGCAGAGCAGACCGAACAACUGGCACGCAUCACACCUGGCACUGGCUCGGGGUCAGAGUUCACAGAUGGCUCUGGUGUGACUCCCACAGAGACUCCAGACAGCCUGCUGACUUGGUGGGCCGGGACCAGCGAGCCGAAGGAGGGACGGGGGUCCACAGGGAGACACCCAGGCUUAGGGCUGGGAAAUAACACUGUGGAGAAGAUAGACGAGUGGCAGCCCUCCGACGUGCUCCUCGCCCGCAGUUCUGUAUCAGGGCCGAGCAGGACAGCAGAGACCCAGCUGGCUAACAUGUCCUCCACACUGCAGCCCCGGGGUCGGCUGCCUCCAAAUUCUGACCUUUUGAGUCCAGAAACUGUCACCCUAUCACACCCCCCCUCGCCCUCUGCUGCCUCACAGCUCACACCCAGCGAGGUGAUGUCAGCGCCCCCAAACUCUGACAGCCUUCCUGCAGGCACCAUGAGGCCCAGUGGGGUGUUCCCAGACCCCGUCCCGGAUAUGAACAGCUUCGUGGAUUCAGUCAGCCCACUGCGCAGUGGGCUGCGGCAAACCAACACCACGCUGCUUAAUCCAGCCCCGCCUGGUUCCCAGCUGAACGGAAGUUCAGCUCAUCCCAUCAUGGGGGCCUAAACUGGGGCCACGUUCAUGCUAAUGCUAGUGUCCUGUCUCAGACUCUCAGCUGUGUUAUAUUCUACUCUAUAUAUGCAACAUUAUUUUUUCACUAAAAUCACAAAGCGCCGCUAAUUACUCACUCCCCGGAAAAGCUCACUAAAAGGAGUCUUACUUUCAGCCGAGCACCAAAACACCUCUUGUCUCUGAAUCCAUUUAACUGACUUUCUGAUCCCUUAAUGAUGUAAUGAGGACUGGUAGCUGUCUGAGCUCAGCCCUUCAGCAGAGUAAUUGAAUAGCCCUUGUAUAUGGCUUAUAGCUUUACCAGUUUGUUUCGUUUUUAUUUAAGUGUUUUACUGACACCAUUGAAGUGACGAUUUUUACAGCAGCCAAACAUUUAAAACUUUAAUGUUCUUGUCACAAGUCCGGCCGUUUAACUACUGUGCUGUCUGCUGUCUCCCGACGUGGGUUUAAACGAGUUAUUUGCAAACAAGCAAAUAAAUAAACAA